UUGUACAAGAAUACCUUCUACAAAUGCUAGAUGCUGUUAUUUAUCUACAUGAUAAAUGUGGAAUUAUCUAUUUAUAUUGGACUACUUCCAAUAUGUUGUUCCUUGACCCCAUCAGAAAGCAUAUCCUGAUAUCAAACUUGUCUCUCUCUGUACCCAGUAAUACAGACUUUGAUGUUGGUUAUAUCAAGCAGUCUUUGCCCCCAUGUCUGACACCCCCAGAGAUAAUGAAUGGAGAUGACAGCUUAAAGUUAACUGGAGUGACAGACUGUUGGGGAUUAGGUUGUAUGACAUUGGAAAUGUUAAUAGGAAAACAGAUGUGGUAUAAUGAAAGACAUUACCAGAAAACUAAACUUAUAGAAAAGAUAAAAACUAAAGAUAUUAGUCCACAACAGUACAUUCAUAAACACAUAAUGCCAGGAAUUUUCCAUUCUGUAUUAACUAGAUGUUUUGAGUUUGAUGUAAGGAACAGGAUUGGUUGUGAAGAAUUACAGAAUCAACUUAAAAACUGGAAAUACAACUAAACAAAUGAAAGACAAAUGAAAUUAAGAACUAAAAAAAUGAAAGACAGAUGGAAUUAAGAACUAAAGAAAUGAAAGACAGAUGAAAUUAAGAACUAAAGUGUAACUUCCAACAAGACCUGGAAAUAUGUGAACAUGUAGCAAACUGUCCCCUGUCUGAACAGUUAUUAGUGCCAUUAAUUGACCGGUGCCAUUUCUUAAGUUACUGAUUAGAAGUUUAUAAUAUGCAAACUGACCACCAAAUAUCAUGUCUUUUCUUGACAGUUUGUUGAAAUUAAUAUGUGCGCACAUGCUAUCAUCCCAGAUAUCAUUUAAAAUGAAAUCUGUA